CGGGUGUGUGCCUGUGUGAAUGUAUGUGAGUGUGUUUUGCAAGGUGUGUCCGUUUUAAUUCUGCCCAGUAGGUGGGACUUGGUGACUUUAGCACCAUUUUUCCUUUUCUUCUCCCCCUACAUUUUUAUUAUUAUUAUUUUGCUUCCCCACCGUCUGUUGCAACGCUGCUGCAAAGUCUCGGAGUCGGAGAGCGUGCCUCGCUUCCGGAGCCCCUGGACCCGGCCAGCCGGCGAGCUCCGAGCGGGCCACCAUGCCCGGCAGACCGCGCCACUAGGCGCUCCCCGCGGCUCCCACCCGGCGGCGGCCGCGAUGGUUUCAGACGCUGAAGGAUUUUGCAUCUGAUCGCUCGGCGUUUCAAAGGCAGAGGCCCCCUCCCCCUUCCCCCCUCCCUCGCCGUCUUUGUUUCCUCCCCCCUGCUCUCCCCACUCCCCCCACCCCACCCCCCUCUCCUCUCCUCCUCCUCUUUUUUAGAAGCAGCGAUCGGAGAUGGAUGUCUCUCUUUGCCCAGCCAAGUGUAGUUUCUGGCGGAUUUUCUUGCUGGGAAGCGUCUGGCUGGACUAUGUGGGCUCCGUGCUGGCUUGCCCGGCAAAUUGUGUCUGCAGCAAGACUGAGAUCAAUUGCCGGCGGCCGGACGAUGGGAACCUCUUCCCCCUCUUGGAAGGGCAGGAUUCAGGGAACAGCAAUGGGAACGCCAGCGUCAACAUCACGGACAUCUCAAGGAAUAUCACUUCCAUACACAUAGAGAACUGGCGCAGCCUGCACACGCUGAAUGCGGUGGACAUGGAGCUCUACACUGGACUCCAGAAGCUGACCAUUAAGAACUCGGGACUCCGGAGCAUCCAGCCCAGAGCCUUUGCCAAGAACCCCCAUCUGCGCUACAUAAACCUAUCAAGUAACCGACUCACUACGCUCUCAUGGCAGCUCUUCCAGACGCUGAGCCUUCGGGAAUUGAGACUGGAGCAGAACUUCUUCAACUGCAGCUGUGAUAUCCGCUGGAUGCAGCUGUGGCAGGAGCAGGGGGAGGCCAGGCUAAACAGCCAGAGCCUCUACUGCAUCAAUGCGGAUGGCUCCCAGCUCCCCCUCUUCCGCAUGAACAUCAGUCAGUGCGACCUUCCUGAGAUCAGUGUGAGCCACGUCAACCUGACCGUACGAGAAGGCGACAAUGCUGUCAUCACUUGCAAUGGGUCUGGGUCACCCCUGCCUGAUGUGGAUUGGAUAGUCACUGGGCUGCAGUCCAUCAACACCCACCAGACAAAUCUGAACUGGACCAAUGUCCAUGCCAUCAACUUGACACUGGUGAAUGUGACGAGUGAGGACAAUGGCUUCACCCUGACGUGCAUCGCGGAGAACGUGGUGGGCAUGAGCAAUGCCAGCGUUGCCCUCACGGUCUACUACCCUCCGCGUGUGGUUAGCCUGGAGGAGCCAGAGCUGCGUCUGGAGCACUGCAUCGAGUUUGUGGUGCGGGGCAACCCGCCGCCCACGCUGCACUGGCUGCACAACGGGCAGCCGCUGCGGGAGUCCAAGAUCAUCCGCGUGGAGUACUACCAGGAGGGCGAGCUCGCCGAGGGCUGCCUGCUCUUCAACAAGCCCACGCACUACAACAACGGCAACUACACGCUCAUCGCCAAGAACCCCCUGGGCACGGCCAACCAGACCAUCAGGGGCCACUUCCUGAAGGAGCCUUUCCCGGAGAGCACAGAUAUCUUUGUCUUUGAAUCCGAUGUGAGCCCUACCCCUCCUAUCACUGUGACUCACAAACCAGAGGAAGACACUUUUGGGGUAUCCAUCGCGGUUGGACUUGCUGCUUUUGCCUGCGUUCUGUUGGUGGUUCUCUUUAUCAUGAUCAACAAGUAUGGUCGACGGUCCAAAUUUGGAAUGAAGGGUCCUGUGGCCGUCAUCAGUGGUGAAGAGGACUCAGCCAGCCCCCUGCACCACAUCAACCACGGCAUCACCACACCCUCCUCUCUUGAUGCCGGGCCUGACACAGUGGUCAUUGGUAUGACCCGCAUCCCAGUCAUCGAGAACCCCCAGUACUUCCGUCAGGGACACAACUGCCACAAGCCGGACACGUAUGUGCAGCACAUCAAGAGGAGGGACAUUGUGCUGAAGCGAGAACUGGGCGAGGGAGCCUUUGGAAAGGUCUUCUUGGCCGAAUGCUACAACCUCAGCCCAACCAAGGACAAGAUGCUUGUGGCCGUGAAGGCCCUGAAGGAUCCCACCCUGGCUGCCCGGAAGGAUUUCCAGAGGGAGGCCGAGUUGCUCACCAACCUGCAGCAUGAGCACAUCGUCAAGUUCUAUGGCGUGUGUGGCGAUGGGGACCCCCUCAUCAUGGUCUUUGAGUACAUGAAGCAUGGAGACUUGAACAAGUUCCUCAGGGCCCAUGGGCCGGAUGCGAUGAUCCUUGUGGAUGGGCAGCCACGCCAGGCCAAGGGUGAGCUAGGGCUCUCUCAAAUGCUCCACAUCGCCAGUCAGAUCGCCUCAGGCAUGGUGUACCUGGCCUCCCAGCACUUCGUGCACCGGGACCUGGCCACAAGGAACUGCCUGGUCGGAGCCAACCUGCUGGUGAAGAUUGGAGACUUUGGCAUGUCCAGAGAUGUCUACAGCACCGAUUACUACAGGGAAGGGCCAUGCCAGAAGGGCCCAGUCAGCGUGUCAUGGCAGCGGCAGAGGCUAGCAGCACCGACAACUUGCACAGUAGGAGGACAUACCAUGCUCCCCAUCCGCUGGAUGCCCCCUGAAAGCAUCAUGUACCGAAAGUUCACAACGGAGAGUGAUGUGUGGAGCUUCGGGGUGAUCCUUUGGGAAAUCUUCACCUAUGGGAAGCAGCCUUGGUUCCAGCUCUCAAACACAGAGGUCAUUGAGUGCAUUACUCAAGGUCGCGUCUUGGAGAGGCCCCGAGUCUGCCCUAAAGAGGUGUACGACGUCAUGCUGGGCUGCUGGCAGAGGGACCCGCAGCAGCGGCUGAACAUCAAGGAGAUCUACAAAAUCCUCCAUGCUUUGGGGAAGGCCACCCCAAUCUACCUGGACAUUCUUGGCUAGUGGCAGCUGGUGGUCAAAAAUUCGUACUCUGUUGCCUCCUCUCUCCCUGCCCACAUCUCCCUUUACCACCUCACAACUCCUCUCUUCCUUCCCUGACUGAAGGGAACAUCUUCAUAUAAACUCAAGUGCCUGCUACACAUACAACACUGAAAAAACGAAAAAAGAAAAAAAAAGGAAAGAAAAAAAAACCUUGUAAGGCAGUUUGGCUAUAUACAUAUAUAUAUAUUUAUAUAUCUAUCUAUCUAUAUCUAUAGAGAAUAUCUUCUCUAAUACAGAGAGAAGCUGCUGAUUUAGAAAACCGUAAGACUUUAAUGACUGAAAAUCUUAAAUAUCAUUAACGUAUAUGAACAUUCCCUUGACUUAAGCUGUGGACUGCGCUAUUUCCGCUCUAGGGUUUCUUGAGCAGAUCUUGACCCUGCAGAGAGACGAUCUUUGCUUUGGGAUGGGAGGAGCUCGGGUGACGCACAAUCACUAUUGCAGACGCGUGCCACUACCAGGCGCAUGUGCAGACUGCAUCGACCUUGCUCAGCCCGGAAGUGACACCAGAAGACCAGGGUCCUUGGGAAUGCCUCCAGUCUACCCUGACUUUUGCCUCUGCGUCCUUCUCCUUUGUCUCCAGUUCUGGACAAUGUUCUGAUUGGUCCAUUCUACAGAGUAUAUUCUUGAUGUUUUUGGGAAGUGUUGACGGCACCUACCAAUAGACACCGAACAACACCGCAAAACCCAGACAAGAGCAGACUGCAUCUAUUUUGAAUGGAAACCACGCCCAAGUUCCUUGCUAGAUUCAAAAAGGAUUUGUUCUUCUAUCCUCUGAACUUCGAGAACUGCUUUCUGGACUAAAGAACCACAGAAGAAUAAAUAGCUGAAACCCGAACCCCAACAAGGCACUGCCACAUGUCUUUCCGUCACUGGAAGGACUCCUUGGUCCCGCUGCCCAUUUUCAGGCCCUUGGGGAGUUUUGGAGGGAGGGAAAUAGGUUCCCUCCUAUUGGCUGCUAAAGUGGACAGAGCAGGUUUCAGGGGCCCAGUCGCAAGAGACUUAGUUGGUUAUUGGUCAUUAUUAGGUGUGCUCCCUGGUCCUGUUUCUCGUCUUGUUUCCCUAUAUCUUAGCCCCACCACCUAGGCUUCUGCCAAGUACUAAGUGAGCCCCACGGCCAGGGAAAGAAUCCAGGUUUGGUGAGAGCCUGGGGCAGUGUGUGCUUGAGGGAGGCAGGCAGUGGCAUGGGCGCAGCCAGCAGGGAAGAAUCUACACACGUGUUACCUGUGCCGGGGCCCUUGGCAUUCUCCUCACGUUUCCAGCCCCUGGAAGGAUUGAUGCAUCUGCCUUUGAGCUUGUGAAAAGGCAGGCACUGAGAAAUCACUUUUGUGCGCUGCGGAUGGGGGAGGGGCUGGGGCUGCUCUGGGAGAUGUCCAAUGAGUGGCCAGUACUGUAGGCUGGACAUCUUGAUGAGGACUGAGUGCUGACCAGGGAACGCAAAUGAAACAUCUGGGCUAGGGCCAGCAUUCUGUGCCCCAGCAACCAGGGGAAUCUCUGCAUUUGUGCUGCUGCCAAGGACCUCUACGGAGCAGAUCUCUGGCCUCUCCAGCACAAGACAAGGAAACGCACAGAGCCCACUGCUGGGGAGGAGACAUGCCCUUCCUAGGGCACCAGGUCCAUCCACCUCACUUCAAGCACAGUGCUACCUAGUGGUCGGACCUUUUCCUAACUGAAUCAUCCUGGGAGCCUCUGCCUUGCUCCCUUCCCUGCUAACUGAAAAACUGCGUGCAGCCUGGAUGCCCUGGUCAGCUGAAAGCAGCUAAAGUAUGGGAAUCCCUCUGUAGGGUUUAGGACUGAAUGAUGUGCUUGUGAUUUUGCUUUUUUUAGAUCCCAAAAUGUUUUUAUUCAAAUAGAAAAGAGCUGUGCUCCGAUUGUAGCCACGGUUGGGAUUCAGGAAUCAGCAAGGCUACUCAGCUGGACUGGGAAGAGAGCUAGGUGAAGGGGAAUUGGGGAUGGGUCUUCUCACUGUGCUGUACACCUAGCCUCUGAGGGCUUUGGAGGAAAGCUUUUUAGGUUGACCACCUCAAGAGAACCCUUUGUUAUCAUCCUGCAGCAAUUACUGCUUUUAUUGUUCUACUCUUUGCUUCACCCGAGGCCCUUGGUCUGGGUUGGGGCUGUGAACGCUGGAUGGAAGGGCACAGUCUGGUUUUGAUCUGGAAAGAUGUUCAGGGAGGGAAUGACCUGGAGGGGCCUGAGGGGAAAAAGUCUUCUGGAUAGAAGAGAUCCUUCAGCGCUCCUCUUGCUGCCCUUCUCCCAUAUCCUCUGCCAACAUAUACUAUGUGGCUUUGAUCUUCUUGGCUAUGUGUGUGUAGAACCUCAUAGUCACUGAUGGGCUGAAUAAAAGGGGGAGAAGAAAUGGGUUGGAGGUUAGCAGACAAUUGGGCAUAAAGAAUGUGUGAGUUUCAAGUCAGGGCAUUGAGUCAUCAUUGCCAAAUAAGACAAGAUAAUUCCUUGGGGAACGAGGAGCACUGAAGGAGACUGAGCUUGUCAGCUUGCCUUUGUCUUAGUCUCACAGCCCUGUGCAUUGCCACUGGGGUCAUGUCUUGACUAUGUACAGCAUAAGCAGCCACCUCUGGAAGAGUGUGCAAGAGAGAGUGGCAGAAUCAAGAGAGGGAGAGAGGGACAAGCUAUUUCAAAGUACUUUCUUGCCCUCUGUAGUGUGUACAUGUUAACCAAAGCAGGUAUAGAAAAUGAAAAAAAAAUUUAGAGUGUAAAGGAGGCAGAGAAUAGGGCUAUGGCCUAGGGCUGUGCAGAGCAUUUUAUUCCUCCUGUUCUGACACAGGACCAGUAAGGCCUACUUCACUGUCUUGGGUUCCUGUCUGUAAUAUAAGGGGUGUCCCUGCUAAUCUUUGGCCCUUUUCUGGCUCUGAAUGCUUACAUUCUAGCAGCAUCAAGAUACUGUGUGAACUUUUCUCAGCAUCACUCCGGAAGGUCUGGCUGGCCUCCCUCAGGCCUUGGGUGGGUUGGGGGCAGUUGCCUGUGAGGGCACACUAGGCUUAUGCUGGGAUUACUUCUGAGAAGUCCUCUUCUCUUUUAUACCCAUGUCUGCAAAAGUCAGAGUCUAAAAAGAGAAUACUCUAGACCCACAGAAAGCACUUGUUCUCGUUCUCCAUCUUAGCCUUUCUAUGUACCAGAAAAACACUAUCUAAGAUUUAUUUAUUUAUUUAUAUAUUUAUUUUUAUAGAGCCUAAUGUGUUUAAAUGAGUCACGAAAUCAUAUCUUGUCAGCUAAUGUGGCUGCUCCGGUGUACUCUAUCCUCCUCCUCUCAUGCCCACAAUAUUUUACACCUUAAAAGAGCACAGCAGAUGGAUUCUGAGAGCUUCCUUUGAAGCAAGUUGCAUGUGGCAAUUUCUGAACAUUCCAGGGAACCGAGGAUGAUGUCCUGGCCAUGCUGUUCUCACCUGGUCCCGUUUUUAGAAUGAACAUAAGUGACUUGCAGUCAGAUGUCUGCCUUUGAGCAAGAUACCAUGGCCGGGGGUCCUCCAUGUUUCUUUUGGCUUUGGACAUGAACCAAAUGCUGGCCUGUAAUUAUAUCUCUGAUCUUUGAGUGGACCCUGGAGGUCACUAAGCCUCCCUUAGUCAACAGACAAAGGACUUGAUGCUUCCGCCACUUAGCAGGCUACGCACAGAUUAUCUCGGAGAGAGGCUUCCUACUAGAGGUAAAUGGUCUUUUGAUCUUCCAGGUUCAGGCUGAACAUUGACAUUCUUCUCUGGCAAUGCUCACUUCUCGGAAUACACUAGUGCAAGUAUUUCUGGUGCUAAAUACUACAGAAACCAACACCAACAGAGGAGCUGUCAGCCAGUUUCUGGGGCUGCAUGAACUCAUCUCAGGAGUGAAAGAGUCAGCUUCGCUAGGAAAGUGCAGGAAACAUCAGAAAGAUCACAACUC